UCUUCUUCUUUAAAUAAAUACCCUCUCAAUCUCUUGUUUCAUUCCCCCACAACUUCUCCUUCAAACUCAACACCAACAAUGCCUGUGAAGAAACCCAACAAACACCCUCAACCAGCAGCUCUCAAACGCAUUCUCAAGAGAUGCUCAAGCUUCGGGAAGAAAAAUGAUGUCCAUGAUGAGCCAGAAGGUCUUCCUGGUGAUGUACCAAAAGGUCACUUUGCUGUGUAUGUUGGCCAAAACAGAAGCAGACACAUCAUCCCAAUCUCAAUACUGUCCCACCCUGAGUUUAAGGCUUUACUUAACAAGGCUGAAGAGGAGUACGGGUUUAAGCAUGACAUGGGUCUCACCCUCCCCUGUGAUGAAGUUGUUUUCCUCAGCUUAACAGCAAUGACCAGAUGAAUGAUCUUUGAUAGCUAAGGUAGGGAUAGUUGGUAGGUAAAUCACUACUAGGGUUUUUUGGAAAAUAACUUCCAGUUGAAGCCUGAAGGCAUACACCAUCUAGCUUUUAACCAUGACUUACAUAUAAAGUAAUCUUCUUUGUUAUUAGAUAUUCUAGUGGUCUUCUGUUAGUUUGCUGGAUGUUGAAAAUAUAUUUUGUCACUUCGUGAAAUUCUUCUCAUUAUCGGAAAACUCUCUCUUUUUAUCCUUGUGUGUUCUGGAGUAUAGUCCAGCCAAGACUAAAUAUUAGUUUUGGCC